AUGGAAACAGUACCUGUUGCGAUCGUUGGGGCUGGUCCAGCCGGCUUGGUGGUCGGCUUAUCUUUGGCACAAAAUGGCGUUCGGAGCGUGAUCCUAGAAAAAGAAUUAGAGGUCGGAGAUGACCCUCGAGGUGUGUACCUCGCUGCGGACGCAGUGCGAAUUCUUUAUUCGCUAGGAUUAGGAAAAUACAUGUCCACCAUUGGUCACGAACUGUACGAAGUACAAUUCCACCAGUCUUCAUUCGCACGUCCCCCAUUUCAUACCAUCGAUCUUGCCCAUGACAAGUUAGCACAAGCGGCGCCGAAUGGUAUUCUACAGAUUCAGCCUGAGCUAGAAAAGGCCCUCCGCAAGGAGGUUGAGCAGAGCAGUCUGUGCGAGCUGCGCAUUGGCUGCGAUGUACAGCUAUUGGAGCAGCAGGAAGAAAGUGUGUCCGUGUAUUACAAAGAUUCUACUAGAAGCUCCAAGCAGCUCCAAGCGAGAUGGCUGAUCGGAGCCGAUGGCAAAAGAGGCGUGGUCCGCAAAAUGUUCUUGGAGAAAGUUGCAGACAUCCGUCAGGUGGAGACUGCGUACCGGUAUGAAGGCACUUGGGUCGCUGCCAAUCUCAAGCUACGUGCACCGACUCCCGGGACACAUCCGGAUUUUCCUCUUUGGAAGCUUGGAAUGACUCCGUUGGAAGUCUACGAUCUAUUUUGGCCAAAGGGCUGGCAUUUUUGCGCGCCUCCCGGGAAACCGACAGCCUCUGGUCGAUUUGGACCAUACGAAUCUGGGUACUGGCGCCACGAAUACCGACAAGAUGGAUGGGAUCCGAAGACCAUGGACGCAGAGAAGAUGUUCUGGGAGCAUCUCAUACCUAUGGUCACCCGAACAUCUGGCCGCGACAACAUUCCCUUUCCUUCCGGAGCUGUGACCUUCCCCAGAGACUGCAUUGACAUUGUCCGGUGUCGUCCUUUCACGUUCUCGCACAAGGUUGUCAACCGCUGGUUCUCUGGCCGGACCAUCCUGAUUGGAGACGCUGCUCAUGUGUUUCCGCCCUUUGGCGGGCAGGGUAUCGCGAGUGGGGUACGAGACGCGCAUCAAUUAGCAUGGCGAAUUGCACUGAUGGAUGGCAUGCCAAACCUGAAGGCCCCGGUCCGCGAGCGUCUUCUGGAGUCAUGGGCAUGCGAGCGCACAAAAAGCGUUGCGGCUGCUGCUACCAUUACAUGGAUUAAUGGCCUCCUCGCCAACACCUAUCUUCCACCUCUCGUCUGGGCGUUUUGGCUCCUUCACUGGCUCGUCAAUACCUUGUCCCUCAAGUUUCUCGAUUAUGAUCCUCAAAUCACUCAGGAGCAACUGGGGUUCUCCAAUGUUUCAGGCGGGACAUUUCUCUCCCGAUAUCGAGGUGGUCUGAAGCUGCCACAAAUUUACAUUGAUACGCUUUUCGAGAAACAAACACCGUCAGACGCCUUGUUGGCCUCUGACAAAUCGAUUUUCAAGCUUUUCAUUCUGGUACCAGAGGACCCAGCGCCUGCCACCAAGGUCGGUGAUAUCGAAGCAUUGUUGGCGGCGUCGGAAAUCCCCAAGCACGUGCUCUCUUCUGCGUCAAUCAGCAUCGUCAGCCUUGGCCUCGCUCGUCCGGAUAGUUUGGGGCACUACUCCGAAACCCACAAGCACAAAGCAGCGCCUUCUCCAUUAUCGCAAAUCUCGCCGAGACUUGUGCGGAAAGGUUACAGCAUCCAUGCCUUCAAGGAACGUUUUGGACCUCGGGCGAGGUUCAUCAUCGCGAGGCCGGAUUCAUAUGUUUUCGCGGUUGCGAACAAUUUACAGGAGCUCCGAUAUUGUCUAGAUGGUCUCAAGAAAACGUGCGAAGGCACUCGAUGA